UUUUUUUUUUUUUUGCUAAUCUUUCUUCGUCGCUCGUUUGAAAACCAUUAUAUACCUCCCGAAAUCAAGUCUCAAGCCAUUUUUUUUCUCUCUACAAGUUGAAGAAGACGAAAAGGAGUUGCCAUGACUAGCUGUAUGUUGAGUAGGCCCAUCGCCGUAGCCAAACCGAUUCGCAUCAAGGGCUUCGUGUCGCCGACGAGAGCGCUGAAUGGUGCUGGGUUUUUCGGCCGCCAUGGUCCAAUUACGAGGUCAUUGAGUUCUAGGGUUUGCGGCGUCCGUGCUUCAAUGGUGGAAUCCUACGAAAGCUCAUCCAAUUUCAUCAAGCGCAUGGAACAAGCCUGGUUAAUCUCUCAGCAACCAAGACCAGUUGCUUGUUCUUCUUGUGAUUCAAAUGGGCAUAUUGAUUGCAAAUGGUGCGCUGGUACAGGUUUCUUUAUUCUUGGUGAUAACAUGCUCUGCCAAGUUCCUUCAAGAAAUACUACUUGCGUUAUAUGUGCUGGAAAGGGGUCAAUGCGCUGCUCUGAUUGCAAAGGGACGGGAUUUCGUGCCAAGUGGCUAGGAGAGCCUCCUAUUUCCAAGUAGCAGCACGAAGUCUCAGCUGUUGAAACCUACAACCAUCAAAUCAAGGCUGCAAAUCAUUGUAGUAACACCAUAUUGAUAUUCUGAUUUCUUAAAGUCCGUAAAGUCCUCUCCCAGAUAUUAUGAUCAAAAUUUUACCGAUACAGCUGCUUUAACUUCGUACUUCAAGUUAAACCCUCAAUUGUUUUAACGUUGUAGUUAUGAAUCACUACACGUAUAGCAUAUUCCUUUAAAUUCUGGAUAUGAAGUUGUAUGAUUGCCUCUUCA